GAAGACAUCGCCAAGAACUGGAGGCUGCGUAAUAAAGAUGGGGUUGGUUUCCCAGACUUGCCUUUAGUUACGCUGAGAAGGAAUUGCAAUCUCUUCAAACUAUGUUGAAUUCCGGGUAAAUGUUGAAAAAGCUCUCAAAUGUCACAUACUGCAUACUGUUAACAGGCUGGUUGAAUAGGAAUAGUUACAAAAGAGAUAUUGUAUAACCCCUCCCUGGAAAAUAAACCUGCCGUAGAUAUACAUCCUAGGUUCCACUCAAAAAGGGUCUGAAUACUUAUGUAAAUGUUAUAUUUCUGUUUUUAAUUUUUUAAUACAAUUGAAAUAAAAUCAAAAAAAUAGUUUUUGCUUUGUCAUUAUGGGGUAUUGUGUGUAGCUUGAUAAGGGGGGUGGGGAUUUAAUCUAUUUUAGAAUAAGGCUGUAACGUAACAAAAUGUGGGGAAGGGGUCUGAAUACUUUCCGAACGCACUGUAACCCAUUGGUUCCAUCCGUUAUUAGUAAUGUGGUGUCAACAACAGCACAUCUGAUGAUGUCAGACGGCAGAGGCUUAUAAGUGAUCAAGAGAAUUAGCUUGUGUGUUGAUACUUAGGCUAUUUAUCUAGGUAUAAGUCAUUCAGCGUACACCUGUCAACACUUCACACACGGUGGACUGGUGAGAGGACACUUUUUCAAAGGGAUGUGAGAGAGGUGAGCGAGAAUGCGUGCGAUCGAUAAUUGAAGAUGACUGCCUUGCCUGCCAUCAAUGAAUAUUGACGACUGUGAGCCUUUUCAUUUACAUUUUAGUCAUUUAGCAGACGCUCUUAUCCAGAGCGACUUACAGGAGCAAUUAGGGUUAAGUGCCUUGCUCAAGGGCACAUCGACAGAUUUUUCACCUAGUCGGCUCGGGGGGAUUAGAACCAGCGACCUUUCGGUUACUGGCACAACGCUCUUACCCACUAAGCUACCUGCCGCCCUAUUUCAUGUUUCUAGAUAUGACAUGUUUCUUAUUAGCUGCCUUCCCCUUGUCAUCAUACCAUCACCUGACAGAAUUUGCUAUUUCAAUUAAUUUCACUAAAGGGAAUAGAGUAGUUUUGCCCUAUGAUCUUUGUGUGUGUGUGUGCGUGUGUGCUUGUUGUUCCCUGAGUUUUCUGUGUAAAUGUAUGUGUCCUCAGUGUGUGUGGGUUUUCUUGUUCUGGGUCUACAGACAGGAUGACCCUGAGUUUUCUGUGUAAAUGUAUGUGUCCUCAGUGUGUGUGGGUUUUCUUGUUCUGGGUCUACAGACAGGAUGACCCUGAGUUUUCUGUGUAAAUGUAUGUGUCCUCAGUGUGUGUGGGUUUUCUUGUUCUGGGUCUACAGACAGGAUGGCCAGUCUAGAGGAAGUUCCCUUUAAGAGCCCUCUGGGCCCACUACCACUGGGGCCAUUACAGGAGCCGGGGCCCCUGGGAGGAGAGAUAGACCUGGUUACGGCCCCACAGUUCACCAUACCAGACUACCUCCAGAUACUACAAGACACUGAGGUUAGUUACAUGGCUUACGGCAAAGCUAUGUGAUAUUGUUUUGUGAUAAUGCUGGCAGGUAGCCUAGAUAUUAUAGAUGGGCCUGCAACUGAAGCGCAGGGUUCGAUUGCCGAGUCUAACAAAAAAAAUUUUUUUUUGGGGGGGGGGGGGGGGGAUUCUAGGUAACCUAUUUUAAAUGCCUAUUUUAAAAUAUCCUGCCGUUGUACCCUUGAGCAAGACACUUAAACUGACAAUGGACAAUAAAGUGUUCUUCUUCUUCAGUAUGAAUUCACCUUGGAGAACUGGGUGAUGUCUGCGCUCCAUGGAGGAUGCUACCCCCCCAGGGAUGCCCCGGCCCCUUCCUGCCCCCCGUACUGGCUCAUGUUCUCCAGUCCCCAGGAGAGUCGCCGGGCCAGCAGGUCUUCUUAUGUUCUUCUUUUAUCUCUUUUAUUGUCUUUAUGUCCAAAAAAAUAAAUAAAGAACAAAAUAUGAAUUUAUAUAUGUUAAUCACAUGAAUGUAGCCUGGACCCGCCACUGUGUUGAACCAACUUUAUUUAAUUUUUAUAUUUUUGGGAUCAUUUGUGAGAAGGAGGCAGUGAGACUUUAAAGAAAGUAUCACUGCCUCCUUCUCACAAAUGAUCCAAAAAACACAAAAAAAACACAGUUGGUUCAACACAGUGGCGGGUCAUUUUGACCCUAGGACAACGGGAGGGUUAAUUAAUUGUAUUGUUUUACUGUAAAGUGUGUUUUAAACGCACUUUAAAUAAAGUUUGAUUUGAUUAAAGGUGGAACAGCCCUGCCCCCCGACCAAGGAGCCACAGCCUAAGCUCUGUGGACGCACGCCACCUUAACCACCACCCCCAACCCCACCACCACAGCUGCCACCACAGCCACCGCAAAAUCCAGUUAAUGGUCUCCGACUCGGAUGACGAAGCCGGCUACUCUGAAGACGACGAGGGCUCCUCCACUGAAGAUAACGCCUCAGGCUCAAAGUCACACCGUGGAGCCUCUCGUGGUGGUAAACGGCCACGGUCGCAAAGCUCUGCACCAAAACACCCACUGUCCAGAGUCAAAGACCACCAUCUUGGAUCUUCAGGCUCCUCAUCGGCUCAAGGUCGAGGCUACCAGGGCCGCAGCAGGAGGGCCAACUCUUCCUCAGUCCUGGACUGCAGGAGGCAAGGGUCGUUCACUGGGCUCACGCAGGAGCAGGGGCAUGCCAACAGCCACCAGUGUCAUGGCAGACCCACCACCAGCCCACUUUGCCACGGUCAGGCCAGCAGUCCCCAGUGUCAUGGCGAUCAGAGGCCCUGCAGGAAGGAUUGCAGCAGGCAGCAGCAGGAGUCAUCGUCCUCUGGCCUGGAAGAGUCCUCUGUGCGGGUCGGUAGUCCCCAGUGGCAUGGUCGGGAUGGAAGUCCCCAGUGUCAUGGUGGCCAGAGGCACUGCAGCAGGAAGAGGCAGCACUCUUUGUGGUCAAUGGGAAGGAAGAACUCUGUGAACCCACAGCAGCCACCACGACCAUCCUCAGCUGGCCCUCAAGUCAAGCACAACAGGCAGACUGUAAGUGUAGGAGGCAAGGUUCGUUCCUGUUAGCCUGUUACAGAAUGUCUAGGGUUGUUGCUAUACCAAACAUCCCACCUUCUAUUAGUGCCAGGAUCAAUUCAAUUUCAAUUACAUUUAGGCUACAUUUUACAUUUUAGCAGACGCUAAGGUGAGACAACCACAUAUCACAGUCCAUAGUCAGUACUUUUUUCCCCCAGUAAAGUAGUUAUCGUCGAAAGUCAGUGCUAACGCGGAAAGACAAGUGCGAGUGUUUUGGGGUCAAUUCAGAAAGUAAACAGGUAACCCAACCCAACCCAGACCACUUAACCUCACUCCAGCCUGUCACUAUUCUUCCUUUAGGCUCUGCGUCCCCGGAGCUCCCACGGCCUGGGCUGGGACUCGUCUGCAGAGCUGCUGACGGCCCUGAGUCAGGAGGAGAGAGAGCUGCUGGAGACCAUCACUGAACAGGGCUACCCUCUACACACUGCCAUCCUGGCUCUGCAGAAGACUGGCUGCCGCAGCCCACAACAGGUAAGGUUUUGUUUACCCAUCCUGUGACACGACGACCCCAACGGCCUCUGGGGGGGGGAGACCAUGUUUUUCUAUUGUACUUGUUCACCCCUGUUGUCAUCUCACCUCUAUGGUCCCCUUCUGUCCACAGAUCCUGAGUUACCUGGUGGCCAGUGACCGUCUGUGUGCGCUGGGCUACGAAGAGGCUCAGGUGGAGGAGGCCAUGGAGAUGUUCCAGAACUGUGAGAGCAAGGUUAGCUUCUCAAUACACAUUCUAAAGGAUUCUACACAUUCUAAAGGAUUCUACACAUUCUAAAGGAUUCUACACAUUCUAAAGGAUUAUACACAUUCUAAAGGAUUCUACACAUUCUAAAGGAUUAUACACAUUCUAAAGGAUUCUACACAUUCUAAAGGAUUCUACACAUUCUAAAGGAUUCUACACAUUCUAAAGGAUUCUACACAUUCUAAAGGAUUCUACACAUUCCAAAUUAUUCCAUUUUAAUUCCAUUUCUGUUUUGCCGCUAAUAUCACUCCAUAAUAUCAAAGCAACUGCAAUUUCUAGCUGUAAAAGUAUUGGGCCAGGUUUCCCGGACACAGACUAAGGGCUCUAUUCAAGCUGCAGCGUUACAGAUUCCGCAAUAGAAAUGUAAAGGUAAUUUCCGAUUGAGCCGACACAAGCAGUGUUUACCGUGAAUGCAGUCUCCGCUAAAGCAGGAACAUUGCCUUUAAAUUUCAAUCACGCUUUAAAGCUGAACUUCCGCAAUGCGGAUUGAAUAGGGCUCGAUUCAAUCAGAUCCACUUUAGCAAACAUCCACAACAAAUCAAAUUCAUUUAUUAAGCCCUUUUUACAUCAGCAGAUGUCACAAAGUGAUUAUACAGAAACCCAGUCUAAAACCCCAAACAGCAAGCAAUGGAGAUGAAGCACGGUGGCUAGGAAAAACUCCCUAGAAAGGCAGGAACCUAGGAAGAAACCUAGAGAGAAACAAGUCUCUGAGGGGUGGCCAGUCCUCUUCUCGUUGUGCCAGGUGGAGAUGAUAAAAGUACAGUUGAAGUCGGAAGUUUACAUACACAUUAGCCAAAUACAUUUAAACUCAUACUUCAUAGCCGAGCAUUCAGAGGUCGAGACACCAGGUGCGGUAGAGAGGGAGAGGGAGGGAACAGGUCAGGGUUCCAUAGCCGCAGGCAGAACAGUUGAAACUGGAUCAGCAGCACGACCAGGUGGACUGGGGACAGACAGGAGUCACACAGGACACCAGAUAAGACAGGAGCAUUUCACCAGAUAUGACAGACUGACCCUAGCCCCCCGGCACAUACACUAUUGCAGCAUAGAUACUGGAGGCUGAGGCAGGGGGGUUGGGGGACACUGUGGCCUUGUCCGAUGUUACCCCCGGACAGGGCCAACCAGGCAGGAUAUAACCCCACCCACUUUGCCAAAGCACAGCCCCCACACCACCAGAGGGAUAUCAACAGACCACCAACUUACUACCCUGAGACAAGUAUAGCCCACAAAGAUCUCCUCCACCGCACGAGCCCGAGGGGGGCGUAAAACCGGACAGGAAGAUCACGUCAGUGACUCACAACCCACUCAAGUCGGGUAUAGUGAAAAAAGCCUGUCACGACGUGACGCACCCCUCCUAGGGAUGGCAUGGAAGAGCACUAGAGAAUCCCAGUGGAGAGAGGGGAGCCGGCCAGGCAGAGACAGCAAGGGCGGUUCGUCACUCCAGUACCUUGCCGUUCACCUUCGCACCCCUGGGCCAGACUCGAUCAUAGGCCCUACUGAAGAGAUGAGUCAUCAGUAAAUACUUAAAGGUCGAGACUGAACCUGUGUCUCUCACAUGGAUAGGCAGACCAUUCCAUAAAAAUUGAGCUCUAAUCAAAUCAACUUUUAUUUGCCACAUGCGCCGAAUACAACAGGUGAAAGCCCCUUACAGUGAAAUGCUUACUUACAAGCCCUUAACCAACAAUGCAGUUUUAAGAAAAAUAAGUGAAGUAAAAAAUAGAUAAGUAAAAAAUAAAAAAUAAUUAAAGAGCAGCAGUAAAAUAAAAUAACAGUAGGGAGGCUAUAUACAGGGGGUACCGGUACAGAGUCAAUGUGCGGGGGCACCGGUUAGUCGAGGUAAUUGAGGUAAUAUGUACAUGUGGGUAGAGUUAAAGUGACUAUGCAUAGAUAAUAAACAGAGAGUAGCAGCAUCGUAAAAGAGGGGGUGGGGUGUGGUGGGGGGACAAUGCAAAUAGUUCGGGUAGCAAUGAUUAGCUGUUCAGGAGUUUUAUGGCUUGGGGGUAGAAGCUGUUAAGGAGCCUUUUGGACCUAGACUUGGCGCUCCGGUACCGCUUGCCGUGCGGUAGCAGAGAGAACAGUCUAUGACUAGGGUGGCCAGAGUUUUUGACCAUUUUUAGGGCCUUCCUCUGACCCCGCCUGGUAUAGAGGUCCUGGAUGGCAGGAAGCUUGGCCCCAGUGAUGUACUGGGCCGUACGCACUACCCUCUGUAGUGCCUUGCGGUCGGAGGCCGAGCAGUUGCCCUACCAGGCAGUGAUGCAACCAGUCAGGAUGCUCUCGAUGGUGCAGCUGCAGAGCUUUUUGAGGAUCUGAGGACCCAUGCCAAAUCUUUUCAGUCUCCUGAGGGGGAAUAGGCUUUGUCGUGCCCUCUUCACGACUGUCUUGGUGUGUUUGGACCAUGAUAGUUUGUUGGUGAUGUGGACACCAAGGAACUUGAAGCUCUCAACCUGUUCCCCUACAGCCCCGUCAAUGAGGAUGGGGGCGUGCUCAGUCCUCCUGUAGUCCACAAUCAUCUCCUUUUUCUUGAUCACGUUGAGGGAGAGGUUGUUAUCCUGGCACCACACGGCCAGGUCUCUGACCUCCUCCCUAUAGGCUGUCUCAUCGUUGUCGGUGAUCAGGCCUACUACUGUUGUGUCGUCGGCAAACUUAAUGAUGGUGUUGGAGUGGUGCCUGGCCAUGCAGCCAUGGGUGAACAGGGAGUACAGGAGGGGACUGAGCAUGCACCCCUGAGGGGCCCCCGUGUUGAGGAUCAGCGUGGAAGUUGUGUUGUUACCUACACUUACCACCUGGGGGCUGCCCGUCAGGAAGUCCAGGAUCCAGUUGCAGAGGGAGGUGUUUAGUCCCAGGGUCCUUAGCAUAGUGAUGAGCUUUGAGGGCACUACGGUGUUGAACGCUGAGCUGUAGUCAAUGAAUAGCAUUCUCACGUACAGUUGAAGUCUGAAGUUUACAUACACUUAGGUUGGAGUCAUUAAAACUCAUUUUUCAACCACUCCACACAUUUCUUGUUAACAAACUAUAGUUUUGGCAAGUCGGUUAGGACAUCUACAUUGUGCAUGACACAAGUAAUUUUUCCAACAAUUGUUUAAUUCACUGUAUCACAAUUCCAGUGGGUCAGAAGUUUACAUACACUAAGAUGAACGUACUUUGGUGCGAAAAGUGCAAAUCAAUCCCAGAACAACAGUAAAGAACCUUGUGAAGAUGCUGGAGGAAACAGGUACAAAAGUAUCUAUAUCCACAGUAAAAUGAGUCCUAUAUCGACAUAACCUGAAAGGCCACUCAGCAAGGAAGAAGCCACUGCUCCAAAACGGCCAUAAAAAAAGCCAGACUAAAGUUUUCAACUGCACAUAUGGGGACAAAGAUCGUACUUUUUGGAGAAAUGUCCUCUGGUCUGAUUAAACAAAAAUAGAACUGUUUGGCCAUAAUGACCAUCGUUAUGUUUGGAGGAAAAAGGGGGUUGCUUGCAAGCCGAAGAACAUCAUCCCAAACGUGAAGAACGGGGGUGGCAGCAUUAUGCUGUGGGGGUGCUUUGCUGCAGGAGGGACUGGUGCACUUCACAAAAUAGAUGGCAUCAUGAGGAAGGACAAUUAUGUGGAUAUAUUGAAGCAACAUCUGAAGACAUCAGUCAGGAAGUUAAAGCUUGGUCGCAAAUGGGUCUUCCAAAUGGACAAUGACCCCAAGCAGACUUCCAAAGUUGUGACAAAAUGGCUUAAGGACAACAAAGUCAAGGUAUUGGAGUGGCCAUCACAAAGCCCUGACCUCAAUCCUAUAGAAAAUGUGUUGGCAGAACUGAAAAAGUGUGUGCGAGCAAGGAGACCUACAAACCUGACUCAGUUACACCAGGUCUGUCAGGAGGAAUGGGCCAAAAUUCACCCAAUUUAUUGUGGGAAGCUUGUGGAAGGCUACCUGAAAUGUUUAACCCAAGUUAAACAAUCGAAAGGCAAUGCUACCAAAUACUAAUUGAGUGUAUGUAAACUUCUGACCCACUGGGAAUGCAAUGAAAUAAAUAAAAGCUUAAAUAAAUCAUUCUCUCUUCUCUUAUUCUGACAUUUCACAUUCCUAAAAUAAAGUGGUGAUUCUAACUGACCUAAAACAGGGAAUUUUUACUAGGAUUAAAUGUCAGGAAUUGUGAAAAACUGAGUUUAAAUGUAUUUGGCUAAGGUGUAUGUAAACUUCCGACUUCAACUGUAGGUGUUCCUCUUGUCCAGGUGGGAAAGUGCAGUGUGGAGUGCAAUAUAGAUUGCAUCAUCUGUGGAUCUGUUGGGGCGGUAUGCAAAUUGGAGUAGGUCUAGGGUUUCUGGGAUAAUAGUGUUGAUAUGAGCCAUGACCAGCCUUUCAAAGCACUUCAUGGCUACAGACGUGAGUGCUACGGGUCAGUAGUCAUUUAGGCAGGUUAUUUUUGUGUUCUUGGCCAUAGGGACUAUGGUGGUCCCUGGUAAACAAUGUAUGAUCACUGGAUUAUUAUUUUUAAAUCUAAUCUUGCGGGUAAUGGAGUCGCCAAUGACUAGGGUUGUAAAUGUGUCAGAUCUAAUGGUGGGAGGCUUCGGCGGCUCAGACCCCGUAAUGGGUGGAGGAGAGACCCGAGACCUGAUCUCCGACUCGUUGCUUAGUGGGGGAAACUGGUUGAAUGUUUCUAUCCGCUGAAUGAGCGACACCGGUUAAGCAUGCCGAAAGCAUUUAUUUCCAGAAGCCAUGAGAAGAUUGUCCGGCUGCGGACUCUGGUCCUGCCAGGGUUGCCAGGUCUAGCUAACAUUUCUCCCCCAAUGACCACUCAAAACCCGCCCAAAAGGCCUGAAAACUAGGCCAAAAUAUUUUUUCACAGCAAGAGAGGAGUUGCCAUAUUUAUACAAGAUACCCUUUUUCCAUAACGUCAUCGAGCCAAUUAGGAAGGAAUGUCGUAGUAACAACGUUAGAAGAAAAAUUAGGUUUUCCUCAAAAUAAUAAUUAUUGCGAGCUAUGACAUGAGAAAAGAUCAUUCGCCCUUAUUAAACUCGCCAGAUCAUUUUCCAUCAAUGGAUGUCGAUUUAACUCAUUUGACUGCUAUGAUUAAGCAAUAAUGCACAAGGGGGUAUGGUAUAUGGCCAAUAUACCACAGGCUUUAUAAAUACAUUUGAUUGAUUGAUUGAUCCAGGCACUUCGCUAAGGGCUGUUCUUAUGCAUGACGCAACUCGGAGUGCCUGGAUACAUUUACAUUUUAGUCAUUUAGCAGACCCUCUUAUCCAGAGCGACUUACAGUUAGUGAGUGCAUACAUUUUCAUACUGGCCCCCCGUGGGAAUCGAACCCACAACCCUGUCGUUACAAGCACCAUGCUCUACCAACUGAGCUAUAGGAGGGAGCUAUACUGCAGUAGUUAAACAAAAACAGGCCACGACGUGGUCAUCCAUACUUCUUACCAUGGAGUGAAUGUGUCAGAACAGGACCCGCCUUAGGCAGCCAUCCAUCUCCUGCGGGAGGUGAAGCAUAAACCUUUGAUCUCUGAUUGGACCUCUGUUGGUUGGCAGAGACAGAAGAGGUAUCCACUCCAGCAGCCAGAGCAGGCGUCAGGCCCAGCCACUGGGCAGAGAGAGAGGGGGAUAACAGCUGUCCUGGAUACAGCCAUUAGCCGUGGUAUAUUGGCCAUAUACCACAAACCCCUGGGGUGCCUUAUUGCUAUUAUAAACUGGUUGCCAAUGUAAUUAAAACAGUAAAAAAAAAAAUUUUUGUCAUACCCCUGGUAUAUGGUCUGAUAUACCAUGGCUUUCAACCAAUCAGCAUUCAGGGCUCGAACCAGGUUUAUAAUAGAGACUAAAAUCUGGGUUUAUGAUUGUAAUUCAACUUUGCUUCGAUAAAGAUAGGUAGCCUAUAGCCCCUGAUAGGCCUACAUCUAAUUGCAGAUAGUCUACAGCAGGGGUGUCAAACGUACGGCCCGCGGGCCGGAUCAGGCCCGCAAACGGGUUUAAUCCGGCCCGCGAGAUGAUUUAAAAAAAAAAAAAAUUUUUUUUAUUUUUUGUAAAGUAUAAAAAUGCGCUGCAAUUUUUCAAUAAAAUAAACUGCUGUUCCAAUUGCGUCCACUGGAUGGCGCAAUAGCAAUUGUGUUAAGCAAGCAAAUUGUUUAUACCGGGGCAGAGCAAGUAGGUCAAGCACGUGCAGCCAAUGAGCUACUUUGUUUUGCCCGCGAUAUUUAUUACGGCUUCUACUUUUAACAUUAUGUGCUUUGGCACCCUCAUUGCCCCAAUAUGUCUCUGUCAAAAAAGAGAAAAGUGGACGCAGAGUGCAGAGUGUUCCAAGAAAAAUGGUCAUCCUAUUUAUUCACGGAAUUGAAUGGGAAAGCUGUAUGUUUGGUGUGUUCAGAGUAUGUUGCAGUGCUGAAAGAAUAUAACCUUCGUCGCCACUAUGUGAGUCUUCAUGCCGACAAAUAUGACAACUUUCAAGGACAGCGGAGAUGAGAGAAGGUGAAUGAACUGUUGGCGGGUCUGAAGAAACAGCAGUCUGUGUUUACUCACAGCCGAGACAUCAGUGACGCUGCAGUGAAAGCUAGCUACCUCAUUGCUAAUGAAAUCGCAGUGGCUUCAAAACCAUUUAGUGAGGGUGAAUUUGUAAAAACAUGCAUGAUGAAGGCAGCGGAGAUUGUGUGCCCUGAAAAGCGGCAGGCUUUUGCAAAUAUCAGCCUGACAAGAAACACAGUUGCAGACAGGAUUUCCGAUCUUUCGGUGGAUUUGGACAGCCAGUUGAAGCAAAAAGUAAAGUUAUUUAUUGCGUUUUCGGUUGCAAUUGAUGAAAGCACGGACAUUACAGAUGUUGCACAACUGGCCAUUUUCAUCCGCGGAGUUGAUGACACAUUGACCGUCACCGAGGAGUUAGUGGAGUUGGUGCCGAUGACAGAUACAACGACAGCAGCUGAUAUUUUUACCGCACUCGUCAGCGCGCUGGACAGGGUCGGAGUGGACUGGUCCCGCGCUGUCAGCCUGGCUACAGAUGGUGCACCCUCAAUGAUCGGGAAUAAAGCAGGCGUUGUGACAAAGUUCAGAGAGAAAGUGCAAUAUGCAAAUGGAGGACGUGAUUUUUUGACUUUUCACUGUAUUUUGCACCAGGAGGCUUUGUGUUGCAAGUCAUUAAAGAUGGAUAACGUCAUGAAGGUGGUCAUCCAAACUGUUCAUUUCAUCCGAUCCAGAAGCCUGAAUCACCGUCAGUUUGACAGCCUUCUCAGAGAAAAAGACCACAUCUAUGGCCUGCCAUACCACACUGAGGUAAGAUGGUUAAGCCGAGGUGCUGUGCUGAGGCGUUUCUUUGAUUUACGAGAAGAAAUUGAACAGUUCAUGGAAGAAAAGGGCAAACCAGUGUUAGAAUUUCAUUCCGCAGAAUGGAUGCAGGACCUUGCAUUUAUGGUGGAUGUUACAGAGCACCUGAAUAAGUUGAACAAAAAGCUGCAAGGGCGCAACAAAGUUGUCACGCAGUAUUAUGACAGCAUACGUUCUUUCAAGUUGAAGCUGUCAUUGUGGGAGACGCAACUUGCCGGUGGUGAUGCAGCUCACUUCCCCUGUCUGAAAAAUGUGUGCGCGACCCAACAUGUGGCAGACAUGAAGCGGUUCAAAGAUAAAAUAACGGGACUGUUACGGGAGUUUGAGCAACGCUUUCAGAUUUAUGUUUAUAUGUUUUUAUGUUGAUGUGCUAUUGUUUUUAAUUGAUUUUAUUUUAUUUGUAUAUUUAACCUAUUCUUGACUCUGUGGUUCUUGCACUUGUUUGGGGAACAGGAUUUCAUUAUUUCUAUCCACAUUUCUGCCUGAGAAAUGACACCCUGAUAUAGUUCUGUGAUCUGUGAUAUACUUAUGUGAAUCACUGAGGCAUUGUGUGUUUGUGUGUUCUUUGUCCUCAGAACUUUCAAAUAACUUGAGGUGUUUUAUGAUUAAUAGUGAUGUUGUGCUUUUGGACACUGUCCUCAGGCUCCAGCUUUAUGUUUAUAUGUUUUUAUGUUGAUGUGCUAUUGUUUUUAAUUGAUUUUAUUUUAUUUGUAUAUUUAACCUAUUCUUGACUCUGUGGUUCUUGCACUUGUUUGGGGAACAGGAUUUCAUUAUUUUUAUCUACAUUUCUGCCUGAGAAAUGACACCCUGAUAUAGUUCUGUGAUCUGUGAUAUACUUAUGUGAAUCACUGAGGCAUUGUGUGUUUGUGUGUUCUUUGUCCUCAGAACUUUCAAAUAACUUGAGGUGUUUUAUGAUUAAUAGUGAUGUUGUGCUUUUGGACACUGUCCUCAGGCUCCAGCUUUAUGUUUAUAUGUUUUUAUGUUGAUGUGCUAUUGUUUUUAAUUGAUUUUAUUUUAUUUGUAUAUUUAACCUAUUCUUGACUCUGUGGUUCUUGCACUUGUUUGGGGAACAGGAUUUCAUUAUUUUUAUCUACAUUUCUGCCUGAGAAAUGACACCCUGAUAUAGUUCUGUGAUCUGUGAUAUACUUAUGUGAAUCACUGAGGCAUUGUGUGUUUGUGUGUUCUUUGUCCUCAGAACUUUCAAAUAACUUGAGGUGUUUUAUGAUUAAUAGUGAUGUUGUGCUUUUGGACACUGUCCUCAGGCUCCAGCGUUAUGUUUAUAUGUUUUUAUGUUGAUGUGCUAUUGUUUUUAAUUGAUUUUAUUUUAUUUGUAUAUUUAACCUAUUCUUGACUCUGUGGUUCUUGCACUUGUUUGGGGAACAGGAUUUCAUUAUUUUUAUCUACAUUUCUGCCUGAGAAAUGACACCCUGAUAUAGUUCUGUGAUCUGUGAAACAGUUCUGUUAAUCACUGAGGCAUUGUGUGUUUGUGUGUUCUUUUUCUUUAGAAUUUUCAAAUAAACUUGACGUGUUUUAUGAUUAAUAGUGAUGUUGUGCUUGUACUAUUUUGGACACACUGUCCUCAGGCUCCAGCUUUAUGUUGUAUGUUGAUCGUAUUAAAACAAAGAAAACAAUCUGAAGUUGUUGUUUUUAAGUUAUAUAUACCAUGAUUUUUCCGGUCCGGCCCACUUGGGAAUAGAUUUUCCUCCAUGUGGCCCCUGAGCUAAAAUGAGUUUGACACCCCUGGUCUACAGUAAACUGAACGAUUUAGCAGCUCGCUUAGUUGAAAUUAACAGAAGCAUUUAUUCAACAUGAAUAGCGAGAAGAUUUCGAGGUAAGAGGUCCUUGUUUCCCAAUAGCCUGCUGGAACAGGCUACUGAGGAUGGGGGUCAUCAUUUCAAUCACUGAAUUAAAUAUGACUAAUAUGUAUAUGAACUGAAUCUGCUUGUCAACAACAGCCAGAGUUAAAAAUAUUUAUUUGUUUUUACCUGUAGCCUAAUCUGACUACUGUUACGGUCGAUCUAAUGCGUUCUAAUAACUGAUCGGCAAUUGCGAUAGAGCUUUGAUAACUUCCAAUUUAAUUAACUAAACAUGCCCAUUAAAAAAUGCAUAAUAACAUAAGGCUACAACAACAAUAAACUGAAAUUAAAGGCUAUUUAUUAAAAUGGUUUACCAGCUCCAGGUCGUCUACACAAAUGGCACAAAUCGAUUUGCAAUGACUCCAGUGAAAUCGUCAUUUCAACAUAUGUAUUGUAUCAAAUGGUAGCCUACAAUGGCAUAUAAAUGAAUAGGCUACUUGAUGGCCAACAGCAUGUGACAGUGAAUUAUAUAUAUUUUUAAGAGAAAUGCCAUGGCGGCCGCGGUGCUACUUAGAAAUAGCCCAAAAAACCCGCAACCCUCGACCAAUACAUUUUCACCCACGACAUCGUUUUCAAAGUAGCCCAAUUUCAGGAAAACCAAACUGGGUCCUGCAAAUCCAUGUCUAGAUAAUGUGUCCGCGGUGAAACAGUUUAAUUAAUUUAAAAAAAAGUCGUUUGAGGACAAAACUAAGACCUUGGUAAACUUGUUAAAUACAGAGUUUGAAUAAGUAGUUAAGAGUAAAAAGCAUAGUGGUUGUUUUGGCGGUGUCGGAGGUGGAACUGCGCCAGAGCUGUCAAAUCCAUACCUAAAGCGGACGUUGCCAUUGGCUUCCAUGAGUCGCAUUAACAGAAAUCCCAUGCAGCCUUGUUUACAAGUUUGAACAAUGGAAUGUGAGAUGUGAUCUACACCUCGAUUAGGAUUAUAUAAAUCCUCAUUAUUUAAUUUCAUGAUAUUUCAAUUUGAGCAUAAUUAUGUUUAUAUAGCCAACACUCUGGCACCCCAAUGGUGGAACAAGCUCCCUCACGACGCCAGGACAGCGGAGUCACCUGACCACCUUCCGGUGACACUUGAAACCCUACCUCUUUAAGGAAUACCUGGAAUAGUAUAAAGCAGGGGUGUCAAAUGUCCGGCCCGCGGGCCGGAUCAGGCCCGCAAACGGGUUUAAUCCGGCCCGCGAGAUGAUUUAAAGUAUAAAAAUGUGCUGCAAUUUUUCAAUAAAAUAAACUGCUGUUCCAAUUGCGUCCACUGGAUGGCGCAAUAGGAAUUGUGUUAAGCAAGCAAACUGUUUAUACCGGGGCAGAGCAAGUAGGUCAAGCACGUGCAGCCAAUGAGCUACUUUGUUUUGCCCGCAAUAUUUAUUACGGCUUCUACUUUUAACAUUAUGUGCUUUGGCACCCUCAUUGCCCCAAUAUGUCUCUGUCAAAAAAGAGAAAAGUGGACGCAGAGUGCAGAGUGUUCCAAGAAAAAUUGUCAUCCUAUUUAUUCACGGAAUUGAAUGGGAAAGCUGUAUGUUUGGUGUGUUCAGAGCAUGUUGCAGUGCUGAAAGAAUAUAACCUUCGUCGCCACUAUGUGAGUCUUCAUGCCAACAAAUAUGACAACUUUCAAGGACAGCGGAGAUAUAAUAUAAUAUAAUAUAUAAUAUGCCAUUUAGCAGACGCUUUUAUCCAAAGCGACUUACAGUCAUGCGUGCAUACAUUUUUUUUUUGUGUAUGGGUGGUCCCGGGGAUCGAACCCACUACCUUGGCGUUACAAGCGCCGUGCUCUACCAGCUGAGCUACAGAGAAGGUGAAUGAACUGUUGGCGGGUCUGAAGAAACAGCAGUCUGUGUUUACUCACAGCCGAGACAUCAGUGACGCUGCAGUGAAAGCUAGCUACCUCAUUGCUAAUGAAAUCGCAGUGGCUUCAAAACCAUUUAGUGAGGGUGAAUUUGUAAAAACAUGCAUGAUGAAGGCAGCGGAGAUUGUGUGCCCUGAAAAGCGGCAGGCUUUUGCAAAUAUCAGCCUGACAAGAAACACAGUUGCAGACAGGAUUUCCGAUCUUUCAGUGGAUUUGGACAGCCAGUUGAAGGAAAAAGUAAAGUCAUUUAUUGCGUUUUCGGUUGCAAUUGAUGAAAGCACGGACAUUACAGAUGUUGCACAACUGGCCAUUUUCAUUCAUCAGCGGAGUUGAUGACACAUUGACCGUCACCGAGGAGUUCGUGGAGUUGGUGCCGAUGACAGAUAUAACGACAGCAGCUGAUAUUUUUACCGCACUCGUCGGCGCGCUGGACAGGGUCGGAGUGGACUGGUCCCGCGCUGUCAGCCUGGCUACAGAUGGUGCACCCUCAAUGAUCGGGAAAAAAAGCAGGCGUUGUGACAAAGUUCAGAGAGAAAGUGCAAUCUGCAAAUGGAGGACGUGAUUUUUUGACUUUUCACUGUAUUUUGCACCAGGAGGCUUUGUGUUGCAAGUCAUUAAAGAUGGAUAACGUCAUGAAGGUGGUCAUCCAAACUGUUAAUUUCAUCCGAUCCAGAAGCCUGAAUCACCGUCAGUUUGACAGCCUUCUCAGAGAGAAAGACCACAUCUAUGGCCUGCCAUACCACACUGAGGUAAAAUGGUUAAGCCGAGGUGCUGUGCUGAGGCGUUUCUUUGAUUUACGAGAAGAAAUUGAACAGUUCAUGGAAGAAAAGGGCAAACCAGUGUUAGAAUUUCAUUCCGCAGAAUGGAUGCAGGACCUUGCAUUUAUGGUGGAUGUUACAGAGCACCUGAAUAACUUGAACAAACAGCUGCAAGGGCGCAACAAAGUUGUCACGCAGUAUUAUGACAGCAUACGUUCUUUCAAGUUGAAGCUGUCAUUGUGGGAGACGCAACUUGCCGGUGGUGAUGCAGCUCACUUCCCCUGUCUGAAAAAUGUGUGCGCGACCCAACAUGUGGCAGACAUGAAGCGGUUCAAAGAUAAAAUAACGGGACUGUUACGGGAGUUUGAGCAACGCUUUCAGAUUGAUGUUUAUAUGUUUUUAUGUUGAUGUGCUAUUGUUUUUAAUUGAUUUUAUUUUAUUUGUAUAUUUAACCUAUUCUUGACUCUGUGGUUCUUGCACUUGUUUGGGGAACAGGAUUUCAUUAUUUUUAUCUACAUUUCUGCCUGAGAAAUGACACCCUGAUAUAGUUCUGUGAUAUACUUCUGUGAAUCACUGAGGCAUUGUGUGUUUUUUGUCCUCAGAACUUUCAAAUAACUUGAGGUGUUUUAUGAUUAAUAGUGAUGUUGUACUUUUGGACACUGUCCUCAGGCUCCAGCUUUAUGUUUAUAUGUUUUUAUGUUGAUGUGCUAUUGUUUUUAAUUGUUUUUAUUUUAUUUGUAUAUUUAACCUAUUCUUGACUCUGUGGUUCUUGCACUUGUUUGGGGAACAGGAUUUCAUUAUUUUAUCUACAUUUCUGCCUGAGAAAUGACACCCUGAUAUAGUUCUGUGAUCUGUGAAACAGUUCUGUUAAUCACUGAGGCAUUGUGUGUUUGUGUGUUCUUUUUCUUUAGAAUUUUCAAAUAAACUUGACGUGUUUUAUGAUUAAUAGUGAUGUUGUGCUUGUACUAUUUUGGACACACUGUCCUCAGGCUCCAGCUUUAUGUUGUAUAUUGAUCGUAUUAAAACAAAGAAAACAAUCUGAAGUUGUUGUUUUUAAGUUAUAUAUACCAUGAUUUUUCCGGUCCGGCCCACUUGGGAAUAGAUUUUCCUCCAUGUGGCCCCUGAGCUAAAAUGAGUUUGACACCCCUGGUAUAAAGUAAUCCUUCUACCUAAAUGAUGUAAAUGUAAAAAACACUGGGGUGGGUGUGGCUUCGCGACAAUGACGCAAGAGCAGCUACUCACCGAUUUGACAGUUCCACCUCCAACCAAAACAUCCGUCAUGCAGGUGUCUGCUAAUGCUUGAUCCCAUUGAAUCUAGAAGCCCUAAGCCUGGUCUUGGACAACAACAACAAAAAAAGCACUUUCAAUAGUUUCUCCAUUGAGGAUCUUUAUUCCAAGACUAGGCAUAAACUGUGUCGGGGGAAACCAGCCCAUAGAAUGCAAAAUCUUGCGAAGUUAAUUGAGGUUAUGUUUUAUUCAUUGUUUAAUGCCACUCCAUAAUGAAUUCUUAUUCCAGGCUGGUGAAUUCCUGCAGCUCCUGGCUCAGUUCAAUGAGAUGGGAUUCCAGCAGAGUACCAUCAAAGAGGUUCUACUGGUCCACGAGAACCACAGGGAGAGGGCCCUGGAGGAUCUCAUGACACAACACAACUAA